CCCUAGUUUCACUCUCCGAUUUGCUGCUCCUUCAGUCCUAAUUCCUUGUCGCCUCAACUACCGCCGCCGACUAUUAUCACUCGCCGACAACGCAGCUACCAACAUCCGCCACUAAUACGGUGCGAUCCGGCCUCUUCGGAUCCUCUCCAGCGGAACUCAAAGCAAAAUCCUCUCAGUUUCUUCCACAUUCCCGCUCAUACGGUGUUCCAGCGACUGCUGAGUUCGGUCUGUAUAUUUGCUCACGAGCGCUGAAUACUCUUCUGAUCGCUCGCAUUAAUUGAGUGCUCCAACAGGUUCAAGCGUAGCACAUCUUGUCUCAGUACCAAAGCCCUGCUACAGGUUGCCACCUCAUAUUAUGUGAAAACAAAACAUCCAGCAGCAGCUUCCUUAUGCUGCUUUGUGUGUGGAGCACAGUGAGGGCUGCUUUGCUGUUCAUUUCAGGAGCUUUUACUGUUCAAGCUUGUGAGCUACAGUUCAUGCUUCUAGCUUUAAUCUAGUUUGCAAUAUAAUAUCUUGCUGCAUUGUUGAAUUCUUUGAAAAGCUACCAGCAAUACAUUGUCAAGGCUAUUCCAAUCUUGAGUAAUAUGUAUGGUGCAGAUUUGGAGAACCGACUUGAGGCAAAGGAGCAGCAAGCCAAUGUUGAGCACCUGAACAUUUUAAGCAGGCACUACAAACAUGCAUAUCGGGAACUUUUUUUGACAAGUGAUGCAAAUGUUGAUAAGCAGUCAGCAGUUACCAGUAAUAAAGCGCCAAUGUCAGAAUAUCAUCGAUUUGGAUGGUUGCUGUUUUUGGAACUCCGUGUGCAUGCAUUCAGCCGUUUUAAAGAUUUGGUGACCUGCACAAAUGGGCUACUUUCUGUGCUGGCUAUUUUGAUAAUUCACAUUCCAAUUCGCUUCAGAAAUUUCAACUUGAAUGACUCUCAGUGGUUUGUUAAGAAGGGUGAGAAAGGUGUUGACUUACUGGCGUCACUUUGCAACAAAUAUGACACCUCUGAAGAUGAGCUGAGAAAAACAAUGGAGAAGACCAAUAAUAUAAUAGCAGAUAUUCUGAAGAAAAAGCCCUGUUUGGCAUCUGAGUGUAAAAAUGAAAAACUGGAUAACAUCAAUCCAGAUGGUUUGAUCUAUUAUGAAGAUUUAAUAGAAGAAUCAUCGCUGCAGUCCAGUUUGGCUAUUUUAGAGAAGGAUUAUGAGGAUGCAAUUCGUUCCAAGGGUGACCUGGAUGAGAGGGUAUUUAUCAAUGAGGAAGACAACAUACUUGGUUCAGGAAGCCCAUCUGAAGGUGCUAUAAAUGUAACUGGCACCAAAAGAAAAUUUGAUCAGAUUUCCUCACCGACAAAGACAAUUACAAGCCCGCUUACUCCCCUUCGAUCCCCUGCAUCUCAUGCAAAUGGUAUUUUAGGCAGUACAAAUUCUAAGAUGGCUGCUACACCUGUAAGCGCAGCAAUGACAACUGCAAAGUGGCUUCGCACUGUUAUUUCUCCUCUUCCACCAAAGCCCUCAGUACAGCUGGAACGCUUCCUUGCAUCAUGUGAUAGGGAUGUUGGUAAUGAUGUCAUACGUAGAGCUAAGAUAAUAUUGGAGGCUAUAUUUCCAAGUAGCUCUCUGGGAGAGCGUUGUGUAACUGGAAAUCUGCAAAGUACAAACCUGAUGGACAACAUAUGGGCAGAACAACGAAGACUGGAAGCCCUAAAGCUGUAUUACAGGGUUCUGGAAGCAAUGUGCACAGCAGAAGCCCAAAUAUUUCAUGCAACUAAUUUGACCUCUUUAUUAACUAAUGAGAGGUUCCACAGAUGUAUGCUUGCGUGCUCUGCUGAACUCGUCCUGGCAACACAUAAUACUGUUACGAUGCUCUUUCCUGCAGUUUUGGAGAGAACUGGCAUUACAGCUUUUGAUCUUAGCAAGGUGAUAGAGAGCUUCAUUAGACAUGAGGAGUCUCUCCCAAGGGAGUUGAGGCGGCAUUUGAAUUCAUUGGAAGAACGACUUUUGGAGAGCAUGGUGUGGGAAAAGGGCUCCUCAAUGUAUAAUUCCUUGACUGUAGCAAGACCCUCUCUUUCUGGGGAGAUAAAUCACCUUGGGCUAUUAGCAGAACCAAUGCCAUCUCUGGAUGCAAUUGCCAUGCAUAUUAACUUUUCUUCUGGAGGUUUGCCUCCAGUGCCUGCUUCACAAAAGCCUGAGUCAUCUCCAGGUCAGAAUGGGGAUAUCAGGUCUCCUAAGAGACCAUGCAUGGACUUCCGAAGUGUGUUAGUAGAGCGGAACUCCUUUACAUCACCAGUGAAGGAUCGCCUACUUGCCUUUAAUAAAUCAAAGCUACCACCACCUCCUUUACAGUCUGCCUUUGCCAGUCCAACACGUCCAAACCCUGGGGGAGGAGGGGAAACAUGUGCAGAAACUGGGAUUAAUAUAUUCUUUAGUAAGAUUAAUAAGUUAGCUGCUGUCAGAAUCAAUGGUAUGGUUGAAAGGUUACAACAGUCUCAGCAGCAUGUACGAGAGAAUGUCUAUCGUCUUUUUCAACAAAUCCUUAGUCAGCGGACGUCUUUGUUCUUUAACCGCCACAUUGACCAGAUCAUUCUAUGUUGUUUUUAUGGAGUUGCAAAGAUUUCCAAAGUGAAUCUAACCUUCAGGGAGAUCAUUUACAACUAUAGGAAGCAACCUCAAUGUAAACCACAAGUUUUCUGUGGUGUCUUUGUUGAUUGGUCUUCAGCACGCCAUGAUGGGAGGACGGGCCAAGAUCAUGUUGACAUCAUUACAUUUUACAAUGAAAUAUUCAUUCCUGCUGCAAAGCCUUUACUGGUGGAGGUUGGUUCUGCUGGAACUACAAAAACUACCCAGGUUCCUGAAGCCAAUAACAAUAAAGAUGGUCAAUGUCCUGCAUCACCUAAAGUAUCUCCUUUCCCAAGUCUCCCUGAUAUGUCUCCAAAGAAAGUUUCUGCAGCACAUAAUGUGUAUGUCUCUCCAUUGCGGACAUCCAAGAUGGAUGCCUUGAUCUCACAUAGCUCAAAAAGCUAUUAUGCUUGUGUGGGGGAGAGCACUCAUGCAUACCAGAGCCCUUCAAAAGACCUUACGUCUAUCAACAAUCGAUUGAAUAGUAAUAGGAAGAUCAGAGGCACACUGAAUUUUGAUGAUGUUGAUGUUGGUUUGGUUAGUGACUCCAUGGUGGCCAACAGCCUCCACCUUCAAAAUGGGAGCUGUGCAUCCUCAUCUGCUGCACCUCUGAAAUCUGAACUACCUGACUCCUAAUUUCAACUCUCGCAUUCUUUCAUAUCCUGUCUGUAAAUUCUAGAUCUAUGCCUAAUUCCUCUUAAUUUUUAAUGUGCUCAGAAAUGUAUGACACAGGGUGUUGUAUGAGCGGUGAGUUGUGGAAGGGACGACACCCCCCACUCCCCCCCUCCCCCAUGCGCUUUGUAAUUUAGAUAGUGAACCUGAAAAUUUAAGUCGGAUAAAAAAAAUUUAUAAGUUUCUCA